ACAGCGGCGGCGGCGGCGGAGAGAGCGUUGAGAGCCACAUUCCCAAACUCCAAAUCAGUGGCUGCUCCAACCUCCCUCCCGGUUUUGUUUAAUCUCCUGAGGGUGUGCCUGUCACCAGGGGGAUGCUGGCCUCUGGCUGAUGAUGAGAAAAGGGACCGGCUGAGUGCAAGCAGAUGUGGGAUUUGCUGUAUUGGGCUUGGCAGUCAGAGUGAAGUGAACAGUCAAGCUGAAUACUGGUUAAGCGACUACAAAAUGGCUGCAAGCAAUGUGGAAGUGACUGAUCGAGCAAUGCAGAGCACCUUCAAGUUGCCAGAAGGAUUUCAAAGCAAGGUGGUGGAACCUGGCAAUCCAAAAAUGGUCAAAAGAGAGGUGAAAAAUGUUAAGUUGACUCCCUCAGCAUUCAUGAAGGAGAUGUCCCUUGACACAAAACAGAAGUUAGCAAAUACUCAAGAGAUGUAUCUUCCUCCCAUUAUUGAGCUUCUAGAUAUGACGGAAACCACACUCCAGAAGUUCUCCAUGCUGGACACUGACAGACCAAUAUUUCAGCCAUUUCCGUCAGAAAUUACCUUUCAGAACUAUGAACCUUGUGAAACCUACGAGGUACCGCUGAUUCUGAGAAACCAUGAUCAGGUUCCACGGAUGGUUAAAGUUAUCCAGGAGGAUUCUCCGUACUUCAGAAUCAUCUGUCCUAGUGAUGUGGGUCGUAAAGUGGCACCCGGCAUGACCACCACAUUCAAGCUCAUUUUUGUACCUGAGGAAAGCAAGGACUAUAUCCAUGAAUUGAUCUGUGUCACAGAGAGGGAGAAGUUUCUGGUGCCUGUAAAAGCUAUCGGUGCACGUGCUAUCCUGGACUUCCCAGAUUUUAUCAAUUUCUCUGUGUGUCCUGUCAAAUACAACACUCAGAAAACGCUCCUGGUUCGGAACAUUGGUAAAAGAGAAACAAAGUUCACCCUCCAAGCCAAAAAGCCGUUCUUUGUGGAACCUAUCCAUGGAUACCUGGAAGUUGGGGAGAGUUUUCAAGUGACAGUAGAAUUCAUCCCCGAGCGGAUUGGGGACCACAGUGAGGAUCUGAUCUUACAUUUGGACACAGGUGAAGACAUCUUUGUCAAUUUGUAUGGAGCUGCAACAGACGUAAAUGUAAGACUGGACAAAAACUCAGUAAUGAUAGAGAAGACCUACAUAUCGUUGGCUAACCAGAGAGUAGUAUCCAUUUGCAACAGGAGUGAUGUAAUAGUGCACUUCUGGUGGAAGGCCUUUGCAACUCCAGAGGAAGAAGAGCAGCAGAAAAUCAGGUUCGUUUCAGACUUGAUGACUGAGGAAGAGGAAGAAACUAAGCAAUUUUUGAAGGAGUGCACUGAAGAUCCCACUCUACACGAACAGAUGCCCAUUCUAAUCCGGACCUUCCAGAAUCGUCGUCAAUUGGUGCAGGAUGACAGGAUGCUGUUGUCUGAUGAUGUUUUCAUCAUUGAGCCAGUGGAAGGGGAUAUCUGGCCCAAUUCCACGGCUGAAAUAAAUAUAAUCUGCAGACCUAAAGCCGAAAAGGUCUACCACCAAACAGUUUACUGCGACAUCACAGGUCGUGAAACCCGCUUGCCCCUCCGUAUCAAGUGCGAAGGUUUGGGCCCCAAGGUGAUCCUGAACGUGGACCAGGUUGAAAUAGGAAAUGUCUUUGUUAGCUCAAAACAAAUUUAUGAGAUUGUGAUGGCUAACAAGGGUGAAAUUCCUGCUGUCUACACCAGGAUUGCUGCACGCACUCCAUUGGGCUCCUGCUUCUGCUUUAAUCCAAGUGAAGGGACCCUGUUGCCAGGUGGAUACCAAAUGUUGGAGGUGACAUUCAAAGCCUCGAUUCUAGGGGAUUUCAUAGCAGAUUUAUUCUUUUCUGUGCAAGGAUCCUGCGAGCCAGUCCAAGUGACUUUCAAGGGAUGUGUCAUUGGACCUACGUUUCACUUCAACGUGCCUGUCCUGAACUUUGGGGAAGUCUCCUUUGGUUUUCCCAAGACCUUAUCAUGCUGCCUUAUUAACACCUCCCUUGUACCAAUGACAGUUAAGUUGCGAAUUCCUGGUGAUGGCAUUGGUGAAAUCAGUCGAACAAGCUUCAGCCAGGCCUCAGAACGCAAAAGCAUAAGUUCAUGGGGAAAUAUCGAAUCAGGUGGAACACUCAAAGAAUUUACCAUAAACCCCAGUCUUGACAUCAUUAAGUCCCAUGUUGGAAAGGAGAUUCAGGUGUCAUUUUGCUCCAACACUGCAAAGAAAUAUGAACUGGCCCUCAUUGUAGAGGUUGAGAAUGUUGGCCUGGAAGUGCUAGCAAUCCCCAUUGUAGCAAGAUGCAUUGUUCCUACUUUGGAGGUGGUUAACCCACACAUUGAUCUUGGACGUUGCUUUCUCAAGCACCCUUAUCAAUGCAUGAUAAAACUUCAGAACAGCAAUGACCUUCCAGCAUGUUAUGGGCUAGUUCCACAGGAGGUGGACGAUCAGCUUGGUAUACUUUAUUCCAGUCCUGAGCCUUAUGGAAUUAUUGACUCCUGUUCCACCGUGGAAAUUCCUUUAAUGGUGGAGGCACAGUAUCUUGGAGAACUGAAUACAGACAUAUAUAUUGCCUUAUUUGGAAAAAGUCAAUUUCCUCUUGCAGAAGAAUUCAUUGCCCAGCAUGAAAUCAAGUACUUUAAUGUCCUGGUUGCGACUUGCACUUUCUUUGCCUGGUUCCAGCAUUUUUUUUAUCAGUCUCGGUGCGUGGGCACCAAUGACAAGAUAAUAUUUACUGUCCAUCUCAAGAAAAGGGGCUUCCCUCUCUUCUCCACCACAACACCAACCCCGUGCAUCCCCCAGCACUUACCUGCACCCUGGCUCCGGGAUUUCGACUCACAGGGCUAUGUGUAUUCUCAGCAGUGGCUUCAGAUGGCAUGGAGGCAGGACUUCCUCCUCAUGUUGAGUGCAAGUCUUGCCUCCAGUCAAUCAUUGGCUGAGAGGCAGCUGGCAUUGGCAGGGAUGCGUUCCCUGCUGACUCAUCAGGUGGUGAACCUGGCAGUCCACAUUUCUUGCAUUGGCGAGGGGCCAGUGGUCCAUCUCAGUUCUACAAAGAUUGACUGGGGAAAGAUCCAGGUUCUGACUGAUGUCCCAAAGACCAUCUGUUUGUCUAAUGAGUCGCUUAUCCCUGCCAGAGUCAUGGCCAAAAUGGUGAAAAAAGCAGCGUUUUACCUGUGGUGCUCGGACUGCCUGGCUAGCUUGAUCUCUAGUGAGGUGCAUGCAAUUGUGCGCCUUGGCAAAGAGGGCGUCCGUCACCUCCUGUAUGCACUUGAGUGGAACUUGAGAGUUGCCGCAGAAGUCCCCAGUGGAGCCCUGGAAGGAGCCACUCGUGUAGAAGUUAAGAGCUGCGAUGACAUUGAGAGCCGCUGGCAAUGGAUGUCCUCCCAGUCCCUGUGGCCUUGCCGCGGAGUCAGGGGAGCCAUGAGCGAUACGCGAUGUCCUUAUGACUCUCAGUGUUAUCCCUCUGCUUUCCGUGACCUGACCGCAAAAUGUCCUUAUGUUAUCUCUGAUGUCCCUGAGCUCUAUGGCAGUAUGGCGACACCCAUGACCAUGACAUUUGUCUUCCUGAUGCUGAAGGUCAAACCGAAUUCCUUACAGCUUGCUGUGUGCUCUACAAUAUGGCACUGCAACGCGGGAAGGGACCAGGCUGAGGGGGAGAUGGAGGAGCUGCACUUAUCUCCUGAUGAGGAUAUCGAAGGAGAUGGCAAUGAUGAGGUGCUCGCAGGCGAGGAUCCCAACGAUGAGGCCGUCGCACUGGCCAGACAAGGCUGGCGCACUCGGGAGGCUCUCAUAGCCGCAAGACUCAUGCGCACUGGGCCUGUCCUGGGCCCGCAGAAUUUACACUGCAGAACUAUGCAUGUGCAACCCGCUCCGGGUCUGCACAUGUGCAAAAGCUCCAAGGCCCAUUCAGAGUUGAAGUUCCUGACCUCUAAUACUCUAGAAAACUCUAAAUGGCAUUUGGAGCCCAGUGAAAUUGCGAUCCCCCCUCUUGGGCACACAGAUUUAAGUGUUGUGGCACAUCUUGAUGACACAAUCUGGUCUGAAGACAAGGUGCACUUGGUGGUAGAGAACAGUCAUACACGGAGUAUUCAUGUGCAAGCUACUGGCAUUGGAACUACCAUUGUACCUAACAAGCCUUUUGGUCCAGUUCUCAACCUUGGAGCAAUAUUCAGAUGCAGCUCUAAAUUCAAGAAUCAGACCACCAAUUCUCAAGAGAUUUUUAUACGAACUAUUUCCAAUGUCUGCCGCUAUUCUGUUAAGUUGACAAACCGUGGACGACGACGCCAUCAGAUAUACUGGAAGACAAUAGGCUUUCCCCUGACCUUUAAACCCAAUCCACAGAAACACUCUGUAUCUCGUGAUAUGAAAUAUAGAGAUUCUUCUGUAAUGGGUCACUACAUUUCCACCUUCAAAGUUAGACCUCUGCGAAUGGACCUCAAACCGGGCAUGAGCGACAUACUGACUCUAGAGGGAGAAUCAGAUGGACCUAGGGAAGUGAAGAAGAGGAAGCAGGUCAUCUAUCCACAAGGGUUCAGGAGAAGCUCCAGACAAACUGCGAAGACACUGGGAGGACUUAGCAAUACAGAUCAAUGCUAUCAGUCCACCCUGUUUGACCUGGGUGCCGUGUUAGAAAAUGCCAUUUUUGAAAUUGCCAUGUUACCACAACUUGUUGAUGCCUUAGAAAUGAGUAAUGUCCUCCAGUAUCUGUGCUGGGAAUGUCACCAGCAGGUGACUGUGACUGACAGACCUCAUCCAUACUAG